AUGGACGCGUUCACGAACAUAGGAAACCAUAUGGUUUCCGACUCCGCCUCGACGAUUAACGCAGAUGAUGGUUAUUCUACGGUCGACCCUGACGAAAGCCUCCUAAGCCUGGCUGGUGGCGCCCGACGCAGGAGACACGAUGACGAAGACGACGGUUCCGAUGCUUUCGAUGACGAUGAACUGGAGAGUCUUGCAAGCGUUCCUGUUGGUGGUCGGCCACAGAAACAGAAAUAUGAAGAAGAAAAGGAACUUCCACCCCAUGCAUGCGCGUAUUGCGGUAUACAUAACCCAAGCAGUGUGGUGAAAUGUCUUACUUGCAGUAAGUGGUUUUGCAGUGCGCGUGGAAAUACUUCCUCCUCGCAUAUCGUGAACCAUCUUGUCCGUGCGCGACACAAGGAAGUCCAGCUACACCCAAGCUCUUCUCUGGGUGAUACGAUUCUUGAGUGCUACAACUGUGGAACGAAGAAUGCUUUUCUUCUUGGUUUUAUCCCUGCCAAAUCCGACACCGUCGUUGUUCUUCUCUGUCGCCAACCAUGCGCCGCCAUGCCAUCGUCGAAGGACAUGAACUGGGAUACAUCGCGGUGGCAGCCCCUUAUCGAGGACCGGUCUUUUUUGCCUUGGCUUGUAGCAACGCCUUCCGAUCAAGAACAACUCCGCGCUCGUCAUCUGAGUCCACAAAUGAUCGCAAAGCUGGAGGAGAUGUGGAAGGACAAUUCAUCCGCUACUAUUGCCGAUCUAGAAAAAGCCAAUAGUGUUGACGACGAGCCUGCUCCGGUUCUACUGCGAUAUGACGAUGCAUACCAAUAUCAGAAUGUUUUCGGUCCUUUAGUCAAGAUAGAAGCGGAUUAUGAUCGCAAGUUGAAGGAAUCCCAGUCCCAGGAUGGGUUGGUAGUUCGAUGGGAUCUCGGUUUGAACAACAAACACCUCGCUAGUUUCGUUCUUCCCAAACUGGAACUAGGUGAUGUGAAACUCGCGGUUGGUGAUGAAAUGCGCUUGAAGUAUACCGGAGAAUUACGUCCUAAGUGGGAAGGGGUUGGUUAUGUUAUUAAGAUACCCAACAAUCAGUCCGACGAAGUUACGAUUGAAUUGCGCGCUAAGGGCGAUCAUAAGUCUGUUCCUACGGAAUGCACCCACAAUUUCACUGCAGACUAUGUCUGGAAGGCAACCUCAUUUGACCGUAUGCAAUACGCUAUGAAGACUUUUGCGGUUGAUGAAAUGAGUGUUUCUGGAUACCUAUUCCAUCGACUUCUAGGUCACGAAGUCGCCGCAGCGCCUAUGAAGACUCAGAUGCCAAAGAAGUUCAGCGUUCCCGGUCUUCCUGAGUUGAAUGGUAGUCAGAUCAACGCAGUCAAGAGUGUUUUGCAGAAACCGCUUAGUUUGAUCCAAGGCCCUCCAGGAACCGGAAAGACGGUGACAUCAGCUACGAUUAUCUAUCAUCUUGCCAAAAUCAAUGGAGGUCAAGUCCUUGUCUGCGCUCCUUCUAACGUUGCUGUCGAUCAGCUUUGUGAGAGAAUUCAUCGUACUGGGCUGAAGACUGUCCGCGUUACUGCCAAGUCCCGUGAAGAUGUGGAAUCACCUGUUCGAUUUUUGUCGUUACAUGAACAGGUCCGAAUGAAUGAUAGCAACAUUGAGCUCAACAAACUCAAUCAGUUGAAGUCAGAGUUGGGUGAAUUGUCCAGCCAAGACGAAAAGAAAUUCAAACAACUUACCCGCGCUGCUGAGCGAGAGAUCCUCACAAAUGCCGACGUUAUAUGCUGUACAUGUGUUGGGGCUGGAGAUCCACGACUUGCCAAAUUCAAGUUCCGCACAGUACUCAUUGAUGAAUCUACUCAGUCUGCUGAGCCCGAGUGUAUGAUCCCUCUUGUGUUGGGCUGCAAGCAGGUUGUACUAGUUGGUGACCACCAACAAUUGGGACCCGUCAUCAUGAACAAGAAAGCUGCCAAAGCUGGUCUCAAUCAGUCACUCUUUGAACGUCUUGUUAUUCUUGGGUGCUCCCCGAUCCGGUUGAAUGUUCAAUAUCGUAUGCACCCUUGCUUGUCAGAGUUCCCAUCCAACAUGUUCUACGAAGGUUCUUUGCAAAACGGCGUCUCGAUGGCGCAACGCCUCCGCCGUGACGUCGACUUUCCUUGGCCGGUAGCAGAGAACCCCAUGAUGUUCUGGUCCAAUCUUGGCAAUGAGGAAAUAUCUGCAUCUGGAACUUCUUACCUCAACCGAACCGAGGCUGCUAAUGUGGAGAAGAUUGUGACUCGAUUUUUCAAAGCCGGAGUUCAGCCUUCAGACAUUGGUAUCAUCACUCCCUAUGAGGGCCAACGCAGCUACGUUGUUUCUUCUAUGCAAGCGACUGGUACCUUCAAGAAAGAGCAUUAUAAGGAGAUUGAGGUUGCGUCAGUCGAUGCGUUCCAAGGCCGAGAGAAGGACUUCAUUGUUCUCUCCUGCGUACGUUCUAACGACCAUCAAGGUAUUGGUUUUUUGAGCGACCCUCGUCGUCUCAAUGUCGCCCUUACGCGUGCCAAGUACGGAGUGGUUAUUCUGGGCAACCCAAAGGUCUUGUCCAAGCAUCCUCUUUGGAACUAUCUUCUUCUCCACUUCAAGGAGCGCAAGUGCUUGGUUGAGGGGCCAUUGUCCAACCUCCAAGAAUCUCUUGUGCAAUUCAGUCGCCCUAAGCAGGCGUACCGAGGGCCUCAGAGGUUUCACAUGGCCUACAACCAUGCAUCCAGUAUGGCAAGCGGUAUGUCCAACGGUAGAAACGGAGGUCGUCCUGAAUAUCAUGACACGGGCUCUGUAGUUGGCUAUAUCCCGGACGAUGUAUCCUCUGUACACUCCUCAGCCGUCGGGGGUGUUGGUAUUCCGUCCGGCUAUCCUCCUAUGUUCCAAAAUUUUGCAGAAGCAUGGCCGUCGCUUCAAGGAGGUCGUCGCGCCAAUGGUGCUCGCAACAAGGGUGCUCCUAGUGUUGCUGGUGAGUCGGUUGCUGCUACGGAAUCUGAUGUGACGAGCAGCGUGAUUGACGGUAAAGGGGGCCAAGGUGGAGUCAGUCUUACUGGUCUCAGUAUCAACGACAUGACAAAACAACCUAGCUUGAGUCAAUCGGAUAGACUCAAACGUUACGUCGAGUCAGGGGGCCGUGAUGGCUACAAAUCAGGAAUCAACGAUAGUGGCAGCAUUUUCGGAGGUAGCUCGGCUAGCAUUCGCGUACCUCGUGGGCCUGGACACACUCAGGACGAUGAUGACGCUCGCAGUGUCUCAACGGCAUUUGCUAGUCAGAUUGGUGGUAAUUACGACUGA